CUACAUUUCCCAUGAGUGACGCAAUCAGCGCCGCUAAACUCUCAGCGACACACAAACCAGACAAACGAAUUAUUACACACAGCUAGGCUUGAAGGAAGAUGAGAUUAAAGGAGAUACUCAGGACAGCGACCCAAGCAUGGAGUCCUGCAAUACAACAUCCUGCAUACCUGGCCCUGGGUACGGCUGCCCAGCAGCUGGACGCGUCCUUCAACACCAGCUCUGCGCUGGAGAUCUUUGAGAUGGAUUUUGCCGAUACAUCCAUGGACAUGAAGCUCAAAGGAACUCUGCCCACCUCCAACAGGUUUCACAGUUUGAUCUGGACGGCGUUUGAUACAGACGGUAAAGAUUCAACUGGACGGCUCAUUGGAGGCAGUGAAAACGGAACCCUGACCAUCUUCGGUCCGGACAGUAUUCUGAGCUCGGGAGACGAUGCCGUGAUGGGACAGGCCAACAAACACACUGGCCCUGUGCGUGCGCUCGACUACAACCGCUUCCAGAGUAAUCUCAUCGCAUCGGGAUCGAACGAUUCAGAAAUAUACAUCUGGGAUCUGAACAGCUUUAGUAAUCCAAUGACACCGGGAGCAAAGUCACAGCCAGCGGAGGACGUCAGCGUAGUGGCGUGGAACAGACAGGUGCAGCACAUCCUGGCAUCCGCCAACCCCAGCGGAAAAGCCGUGGUGUGGGACCUGAGGAAGAACGAGCCCAUCAUCAAAAUCAGUGACCAUAGCAACCGGAUGCACUGCUCCGGGAUGUUGUGGCAUCCAGACGUGGCCACUCAACUGGUUCUGGCCUCAGAGGACGACAGACUGCCUGUGAUACAGAUGUGGGACCUUCGGUUUGCCACCUCACCGCUCAAAGUCAUGGAGAGCCACACCAGAGGGAUUCUGUCAAUCUCGUGGAGUCAGGCCGACCCCGAGCUUCUGCUGAGCAGUGGGAAAGACAAUCGAAUCCUGUGCUGGAACCCAAACACUGCCGAGGUGAUUUACGAGCUGCCGACAGCCAAUCAGUGGUGUUUCGAUGUGCAGUGGUGUCCUCGUAACCCCGCCCUCCUGUCAGCCGCAUCAUUUGACGGGCGGAUCAGUGUGUACUCCAUCAUGGGUGGGCGUCUUCAACAGCAUCAACACAGUACUGUGGAUCAGAUCUCGGCUUCGUUCGACACCAGCGACCCAUUUGGAACGGGUCAGACUCUUCCACCUCUCCAGAUCCCUCAGCCCACAGUAGAGACCACCAUCAUCCCCCCACUGAAGAAGCCGCCCAAAUGGGUGCGGAGACCCGUCGGCGCUUCAUUCGCCUUCGGUGGAAAACUAAUAACGUUUGAGAACCCGAAACAGCAGCAGUCGUCUCAGCCGCUCGCUCGGCACGUGCGCGUCAGUCAGGUGACCACGGAAACAGAGUUUCUGGAGCGCUCGACCGAACUGCAGGCCACUCUACAGUCGGGAUCUUUCUCCAGGUACUGUCAGAAGAAGAUGACGAGCGCGCCUUCAGACGCCGAGCAAGACGUCUGGAGAUUCAUCAGAGUGAAUUUUGAAGAUGAUGCUCGUGUGAAGUUCUUGAAGCUGUUGGGGUUCAGUAAAGACGAGCUGCAGAAGAAGAUCUCUGCGUGUCUGGGGAGAAGCCUGCAGCCCAACGGUUUAGAUGUCAACGCUUUGGCUGAAAAGAUGCGGACUCUCUCCGAUCAGAUGGCAGAUGAGCCGGCCGUCGCAGGCAGCAAUUCCCCUGCGGAUUUCUUCACUCGGCUCCCAAAGAAAGAGAAGGAAUCGUAUCGUAUCCCCGUGUCCUCAGACACAGACGGUUUGAUCAGUCAGGCUCUGCUAGUGGGCAACUUCGAGGGAGCCGUGGAUCUGUGUUUAAAUGACGGCCGUUUCGCCGAGGCCAUCCUCCUGUCAAUCAGCGGAGGGAAGGAGCUACUGAAGAAGACCCAGCAGCAGUACCUCGACCAACACACCAACAGCGUCUCCAUGUUGAUCUCGUCGGUGGUGACGCAGAACUGGCGUGAUAUCGUUCAGAGCUGUGAGCUGGACAACUGGAAGGAGGCGUUAGCAGCCCUGCUAACAUAUGCUAACCCGGAAGAGUUCGCACCUCUGUGCGAUACGCUUGGCUCUCGUCUGGAGGCUGAAGGAACAGAGAAGACGUGUCUGCAGGCGUGUCUGUGUUAUAUCUGCUCUGGAAACAUCGAGCGUCUGGUGGAGUGUUGGACGUUACAGAGAGAUUGUUCCUCUCCUCUCACACUCGAGGAUCUGGUGGAGAAGGUGAUGAUCUUGCGUAAGUCCAUCGAGCGUUCGCGCAGCGGUGAGGUUUGUGUUCAGAGCUCAGCGCUGACGGAGAAACUCAUCCAGUACUCCAGCAUUCUGGCAUCACAGGGCAGUUUGAGCGCUGCGCUCGGCUACCUGCCCGACGCCUCUGACCAGCCUGGUGUUAGGAUGUUGAGAGACAGACUGUCUCAUGCUAAGGGUGAGAGACAACAACAACCAUCAGCACCAGCAGGAGGAGCCAAACCAUCAGUCAUCACAAACACACACACACAGGGGCAGUACACACCCUCAGUGCCUCCUCAGAUGCCCCCUCACCGUCUCUUCACACCUCAGCAGAUUCCUGAUUCUGGAGUGCCACGCCCGACUCCGAGACCAACGUACCCACAACACCCCGCCACAGCCCCAGGUUUCCCCCCCUCUCGGCCGUUCCCACCUCAGUCGGGGCCUCUAGGAGCUCCUGGUGGUUUCAUGUCAGGCCCACCGAUGCCCCCCUCCAGUCUGGCAGGCCCUUCUGCAGCCCCCUCCUCUCCACCGGGACCCCUGAUGAGAGGCGCCCCACCAGCUCCAGGAUUCCUGUCUCCCACCUCUCUACCGGGGGGGGCGCCCGUGUUUCCAGCAGCGCCGCACGCACAUGGACCCGCCCCCCCUCCCAGUGGCACAUAUCCACCUUUAGGCUCGGGGUAUCCACAGGGGGGUCCGGGCGCUCCGGGGGCUAAGAGCUUCAGCUCUGCUGCUGUCCAUCCUCCACCCACAGGUGUUCAGGACGGGUGGAACGACCCUCCAGCUGUGCGCGCAGCUUCACGGAAGCAGAAGCUAGCAGAGAACUACACCCCUCCUGCCCCCAUCACGACACCUGUCAUGGGUUUUCCUGUGGAAGCUCCUGUAGUUCAGGAGAGAUUUCAGGUGCCGCCCGGAGCUCCUCAGGAGCCCAGCAUACAGUCUCUGCGUCAGCUUCCGGCCGAGCGUGUGGACCAGAAAGAGAUUCCUGCAGAGCACUUGAUACUGAAGAACACCUUCAGCAGUCUGGUGCAGCGCUGUCAGCUGUCCGCCACAGAUCCGCAAACAAAGAGAAAACUAGAGGAUGCCUGUAAGCGUCUGGAGAAUCUGUAUGACAAACUGAGAGAUCAGACGCUAUCGCCCAGCAUCCUUGCCGGCCUGCACGAGAUCGCCCGCUGCGUCGCCGCCCGUAACUAUCCGCAGGGACUGGAGGUCCACACGCAGGUGGUGAGCAGCAGUAACUUCAGCGAGAUCUCGGCGUUCAUGCCCGUUCUUAAAAUGCUCAUGACCAUCGCCAACAAACUGGCUGUCUGACGCCGGCAGCAUCAUCAUCACUCCUGCGUCAAACACGAGCGUUUGUGUGUUUCCUGAUGUUGUUUAUCUUCUGUAAGAAUGAAUACACCGUUAAUCUCUGACUGUAGAUCUCUGGUUCACUUCUGAUGUGUUUUCUUUCAUUCAUAAAAGCAAGUGGAAUGAAUUUCUGCUUCACGAAAUCAGUCUGACAUUGAACUGGUUUUAUGACGGGUUUGUGCUGAUGUUUGAUGAAUGUGGCCUGAUGUUUUUGUGGUGCAGAACGUUCUCUGGUCUCAGAGAGAUGCUGUCUAUAGUUCAAUCAUGACUCAUGUUAGUAGAUGAGGUUCAUGUUUGAGUGGCCGAUAAAUUCAACAUUUUAUUGUGCUGAAGAUCUUGGGAGGUUUGAUGUUUGUCGGGUCAUCUGAUGGAUGCCAUCAUAGUGCACUUGAUUGGUUUGUUCUGAAAACACUCCCGCUGUUCUUCAUACAGAUCUUUAAGAGUUUCUUAAAAAGCUUUUGAGAUUUAUGAGCGUGUCAUGAAUUGUGCCGGUUAUAUUUCACUCCAAAAUCAAACAAAAGAUAUAAUGCCUUUAAUUUUGCAUGAAGAAAAUGAACUUAUUUUUAGAGUCAUUGCGGUCUUUUGACUUUCUUCACAUGACUGACAACCCCCCCACCACCUUCAAAACUUGUCAGUGAUAAAUAGAAAUGACUCUUCAUAGAAAAAAAAUCAUAAAGGCACUUCAACAGAUGCAGGAUGUGUAGAUACAUUAAAGAAAAUAAAUACUUGUUCUGCAUUAUUUUGAGAAGUCAAAAUGCAAAAAGUAUUUAAAUGUUCUAAAAAUAGGUUUUGUUUUCGUAAUAAAUAUGAUUUUAGGGUGAAAUGUGGCCAUGCUGUAACAGUAAAAGACUGAAUGUAAGUGAAUGUGCAAAUCUUUGCUCUUUUAUAAAUUCAUGUUCUACUUCUAGAAAUCUCCACAUCCGUCGACUUGUUUGUAUCCGUCAUGAAUCUGAUUCAUUCUGAGUGAAGCUGAAAAACGUUUAUAUUCAGAGCUGCUUUCAUUAACGUUGAAUGUUUCACAGCCUUCGAUUCACUGCUGGACUCCAAAUCUCUCUUUAUUCAUUUAUUCCCGUUAAACAUCAAGUUCAGUGUCAAACUGCUAAAAGAUUUAUGAAACAAUUUCAUCAUGCUCAUAGAAUGAUAUCUGAAUAAAAUUCACCUUGAUGCCGAAAGUCAACAUGAAAGCACAUUCGUAACACAUUAUUUUAACAAACUGAUAUUUCUGAGACUGCAUUAAACAGGCUUGACUUUAUUUUGGGAGAUUUGAUGGACCGUUAUGUCAAUGCUGUUUGGAUUGGAUAUAAGAAAUAUCAGUGAUGUCAUCUGAAAAAUCAUAUAAGAGAGAAAAGUUGUUUUAAUGAAAAUAAACAUUUUUAUUCUUUGGA